GGGAAAAAUCGGCAAAAUUCACUUCACUUCUUCUCGGCUGUGUGAGAGGAGGAAUCAGACAAGCAAAACCUAAUCCAAUUCGAUUUUCACAAUCUUCAAAAUUCGAAUCUGGUUAAGCUCUCAUUCUCAAUCUGGUGAAUUAGGGUUUCUAUUGAAGCUGAAACGAUGGGUGUUGUUGUACCCACCGAAUCAGAAAAACCCUAAGCUGCUUUCAAAUGGGUAAACCCGAGGAUGACGGAAACCUCCGCGCCGGAGAAGAAGCUCUCGGCGAUUCCACGGCGAGAAAUGCUCCUCCUCCUCCUCCUAAUCGUUGUUGUGGGUGUUUGAAAUGGAUCUCAGGGUUUGUUGGGUGUAAAUGUCUCUUCGUGUUGCUUCUCUCCGUCUCCUUGUUUCUCUCCGCUUUGUUUCUGUUGCUUCCUUUUGGGGGCGUGGAUCGUGUGGAUUCGUAUCUCGAUCCCAGAUUUAAAGGUCAUGCUGUAGUAGCGAGUUUUAGCCUGAAUAGACCAGAAUCUUUCCUUAAAGAAAAACUUGCGAAGCUUCAGGAUGACAUCUUCCAAGAGAUGAGCUACAUUUCCAUCAACGUAACUAUCCUGGCUCUUGAGUCACAGGGACUGAACAUAACAAAGGUUGUGUUUGGAAUUGACCAUGAUACAGCAUACAGAGAGAUAUUACCUAUGUCUUUGAGUACUAUCAAAGGGAUGUUUGAAUCGGUGCUCAUAAACCAAUCCACUCUUCAGCUUACUAAACCCUUGUUUGGGGAAACCUUUCUUUUUGAAGUUCUAAAGUUUCCUGGAGGGAUCACUGUGAUUCCGCCGCAAAGUGUUUUCCCUCUACAGAAGUUCAAGCUUUCUUUCAACUUUACACUAAACUACUCUAUUCAUCAGAUUCAGAUAAACUUCAAUACCCUUGCUAUGCAGCUCAAGAAUGGCCUGAAUCUCGCACCGUAUGAGAAUUUGUACGUAACCUUAUCAAACUCAGAGGGUUCCACGGUGUUUCCCCCUACAACUGUUCACUCAUCGGUUUUGUUAAGAGUCGGGACUUCAAAUCCAAACCCAAGAUUGAAGCAACUGACGGAUACCAUCACGGGUUCACGCUCGAAAAACCUUGGUUUGAAUAAUACCAUUUUUGGUAAGGUCAAGCAAGUUCGUUUAUCGUCUUUCUUGCCGAACAGCAGUGAUAGCAGCUCCAAAUCCCCAUCACCUUCACCUUCUCCCCAUUCCAACCAUCACCAUCACCACCACCACCACAGCCAUCAUCACCAUCAUCAUCACCACCACCACCAUCAUCAUCAUCAUCAGCUUAGCCCAAACAUGGCUCCCGAUAUUUCACCUGUGGCUUCUCCUGUCCCUCAGAGGAACCCUAGAGCUAGAAGAGCUCCAUCUGCACUUCCACCCUGCAACUCAGGGAAUAGAAAAGGACAAAGAGUACAUUUCAGGGAUAAACACUUGCAUUUUGCAUCUACACCUACUCCUACGCCUUCUCCUUCCCCUGCAUCACAUCGUUCUCCUCGCUAUUCUGCUCAGCCACCACAUGCAUCACAUCAUUCUCCUCGCUAUUCUGCUCAGCCACCACAUGCGUCACAUCCUAUUCCUCGCUAUUCUGCUCGACCACCACAUCAUAAGCUGCAUUCACCGGCCCCAAUUCCUGCAGUUAAGCCUCGUAUAGUUCCAGUCUCUGCCCCUCUACCUCAUGUGGUGUUUGCCCAUCAAGCUCAACCACCGAAACCCAAACCAAGUGAACAGCAGCAUGCAAACGAAGUUGCUCAUCCUCAACCGCAGACCUCUUCAUCUAAUUUGAACUUACCAGCUAUACCAUGGAUUGUUCUACUCAUGCUGAUAGCUCCCUGGCUUCGUGAAUAAUGGCAUUAACAUGUCUAGUACAUUGUAUCAGAACCUCCUCCUCUCCCUCGACCGGAUACUCAAAACUUAAGUGUAUAAAGAGUUGUUAUAGAAUGUUGCUGCACAAAAGUGUGCAGCCUUCUACUUUAUGCUCUAAGAGCUUUUUGUAUAUUAUGCUUCUGAAAUGAAAAGUUCGGUAAAGCAAGG